UAGUGGAAAACAGACUUAGCUGGACCUUUUCUGUUCUUUUUCAGAUAGAUCGCGGCCCGGUCCGAUCAUAACCAGGUGAACUAAUAACCCCCAAUCCACAAAGCCAGAACUAAAAGAAGCCCCCACAGAUAAAAAUGGACAAAGCAACGCCAGCACCAGAAUCUCCGCCAGUGUCGCCACCACAACAGGCGGCGCUUCAUCAAGACGACGCAGCUGGUGACGAUGAGAACGUGAAGCAAUUGAAGGAAUGCUCUGCUCUCUACUUAUCCUUGCAAGAUUGUCUUAUUAAGAGCAACAGGAAUUGGAAAUCUUGUCAAAUGGAGGUUCAAGCUUUGAAGGCAUGCAAUGAAAGGAGGAAAAAAUAGCUGUAGGAAAUGAAAAUUUUAAGUUGUAAGGAUGAUGAAAUUACUUCAAAAAUUCACAAAUUCAGAACUUUUUUUUUAAUGUUGAUUUGGCUGAGAAAUGUAAUGCAACAACCCUUAAUAGACUUUAUUUUUUUCUUGAUCUUGAACAAAA